GCGCCUUGCACAUUUGCAAACCUGAGAUGCCCAUAUUAGCAUCGGACCAGAAGCUCGAGGAAGCCUAUGAUGUACAUAUUACAGAUGAUCGACAGGACAGCGCACAUGGGAAUGAGUUCCCAGCGUCUGAACCGCUGCAUCGGGCUCUUAGUGCUCGACACACGUCCAUGCUUGCUCUUGGCGGUACGAUUGGCACGGGUCUUAUCAUAGGGUCAGGCACUGGGCUCGUGCGCGGCGGUCCGCUCGGGCUCGUACUGUCGUUUGCCAUAGUGGGCGCGAUAUGCUUUGCGUCUAUGGCAGCAUUGUGCGAGAUGGCUGCUUAUCUGCCUCACAGCACAGGAUUUCCGGGGUAUGCACGGCGCUUCGUCGAUCCGGCGCUAGGCUUCGCGCUAGGGUGGAAUUAUGCUUUCAAGUACCUCAUUGCGCCAGCGAGCAACCUGAAUGCUGCAUGCAUUGCCAUGCAAUAUUGGACGCUGGCCGUUCCUAUAGCCGGCUGGGACGCGUUGUACAUUAUGAUCGUCCUGUGCAUCACUUUGAUGGGUGUCCGCGUUUUUGGAGAGCUCGAAUUCUGGCUUGGAUCGCUCAAAGUCCUGUCUUUGGUUGCGUUCAUCCUCCUCGGCAUCAUUGUCGAUCUAGGAGGCAACCCUCAGCAUGAUAGAAUAGGCUUCCGCUACUGGCGGGCUCCGAAUGGACCCAUGGGGACCUACCUGACCAAAUAUACGGACAACGCAUCGCUUUCUGCUUUCCUUGGAUUCUGGAGCACCCUAACAACUGCGCUGUAUGCGUACAUUGGAUCUGAACUCGUGGGUGUCACGGUCGGCGAGACGCGUGAUCCUCGUAGAAACGUCCCAAGAGCGAUCAAGAGGACGUUCUUUCGGAUCGCUGUGUUUUACGUCGGGAACGUAUUCGCUAUUAGCUUGAUUGUUCCCAGUACAAGCCAUGAAUUGUUCGUCGCGAACGGCUCUCCUGCUGGCGCAGCAGCUUCUCCUUUUGUUGUCGGGGUCCAAUUAGCCGGCAUCAGGAUACUGAAUAGCGUUAUCAACGCCAUAGUACUCGUCUUCACACUGAGCGCUGCCAACGCGGACGUGUACAUCGGUUCGCGCACGCUUUACGGCAUGGCAGUCCAGGGAGAUGCGCCUCGGGUGCUUGCAAGAGUAGACAGGCGCGGUGUGCCAUGGACAGCACUGCUAGUCGUUAUAGCCUUCACCUGCCUCACUUUCACAAACGUUAGCACCUCUAGCGCCAAAGUGUUCGCAUACUUUGUGAACCUCCUCUCGGCAUUCGGUGCCAUCACAUGGAUGUGUAUCCUUUACACCCACAUCGCGUUCAUGCGCGCCUGUCACGUACAGGGGAUUUCUCGGGCUUCUCUACCGUACGCCGCGCCAGGCCAACCAUACGCAUCAUGGAUCGCGCUCGGCGCAACAGCUGUCAUCACUGUGUUCAAAGGUUUUGAUACGUUCCUGCCUUGGUCCCCCGCUCUGUUUGUGACUGCGUAUCUCCCCGUAGCGCUUUUUCUCGUCCUGUGGGCAGGUUACAAGAUUAGAUUUCGUUCUUUCGUCAUACCCCCUGAACGUGUCGAUCUGGCAGAGAAGCAGGGCAUGGCGGCAGAGGAACGAAACGACAAAGAACCAGAGCUUGCAGGUUCUUCGUGGUGGCGGAGGUUCGUAGAUAGGUUGUAG